UAAAAUAUUUAACAAACCAGAAAAAGGUCGGAGGGGAAAGUUGGGGCAAAAGAAUAAACAUAUAUUUAUUAAUAUUUUGUUUAUUUUUGGAAUCCUUCCUCCUUUUAUUUGUCCUGCUCCACAAUGCGUGCUGGUCUCCGGUCCUCGGUUACACGCUGGGACAUUUUAGAAGAAACGGAGACGUUUGGUGGAUCUCGACCCAGCGCAGAUUUAGGAGUGGAAUAUCCUGUGGACGUGUGGAUUGUUUAGUUUAUUUUCUGAAUAUAAAUAACUAUAUUUUUCCUGAGUUUGGGGAGGAAAUGCCUGGCCGGAACAGGUACAACCUGGUGGAUGACGCGGCGGACUCGCGCGUGCCGCUGCACAACGACGAGGCGUUUCAGCACGGCAUUAAUUUCCAAGCCAAGUAUAUUGGAAGUCUGGAUGUCCCGAGACCCAACAGUCGCAUGGAGAUCGUGGCUGCUAUGCGGAGAAUCAGAUACGAGUUCAAGGCGAAAAGCAUCAAGAAGAAGAAAGUGAACAUGGUGGUCUCGGUGGACGGCGUAAAAGUGUUACUUCGCAAGAAACAGAAGAGGAAAGAAUGGACAUGGGAUGAAAGUCAAAUGCUAGUGAUGCAUGACCCAGUAUACAGGAUUUUCUAUGUGUCCCAUGACUCUCAGGAUUUAAAGAUUUUCAGUUACAUUGCCAGAGAUGGGUCCAGCAACACCUUCAGAUGCAACGUCUUCAAGUCCAAAAAGAAGAGUCAGGCAAUGCGUAUAGUGAGGACAGUAGGCCAGGCCUUCGAGGUGUGCCAUAAGCUAAGUCUGCAGGCUGCUGACGGACAGAUGGACAGACUUGCAAUUGGAGACAGUGGAAAAUCUGAGGACGAGUCACCUAGUACAGGCCAUGAGUUGACUGGAGCUGAGCACAUCAGUGGCAUAGAAAUGGAGAUGAAGUCGCUGCCAGCCAGCGCUUGCGAUCAAGCAAUUACUGAUGUCCUUCAGAGUUUAUCAGAGCUGAACAUGGUGAAGCCAGGGCAGGAUUUAGAGGGGAUGCCUCUUCACUCUUUGUCUCCCAGCAGCCCUCGCUCUCUGUCUCUCACACCAUUGGCUGACCAGCACCAGCUGCAGUUAUUACAGCAGCAAGUUCUUCAGCAGCAACAGCAAGCUCAAGUGGCUGUUGCACAGGUGCAGCUGCUGAAGGAUCAGAUAGCAGCAGAGACGGCUGCCAGGAUGGAGGCUCAGGCCAGGAGCCAUCAGCUGCUGCUGCAGAAUCGAGACCUGCUGCAGCACAUAGCGCUUUUGGUCCAGCAUGUCAGUGAGCUGGAAGCCAAAGUCAACGGCUAUGCAAAGAAUGAAGACUGGAGAAGAUCGUCAUCCUGUUCUCUCUCUCUCAACCUCAAAAACCACUACAGUUCAGACCAGCCCAUCACCUCCACGCCGGCAGGAGACGUCCAAGUCUCUCUCACAACCCCUUAUAGCAUGAUGUGCGCUGAAUCCUACCUCAGCCUGAUCAGAACAGGAACGUCCCAUGCAGCCAACGGCAUGCAAGCGAACCUAGGACACAAGCAGAGAAUGGGGAGUGCAAGCAACGACUUCACAAAGUUCAAUUCAGCAGCAGUGGAUCAACGGGUUCAAGAAAUAAUCCCAAAACUGGACCCGCCCCCUCCUCCCGUCAACCGAAAGCGACCGAACAGAACAGGAUCUGAAACGGCGUCGAGUCUGGCCUUCAGCUCGACCUUCCCAGACGUCACACCGUGUUCCGUUUCUUCAGCUGACCUCGGUAACGACUUUAGCGCCUCGUUUUCGGCGAGCGAAGAUUCUGGCAUGCGCUCUGACAACAAGCCGUCCGGAGAUGAUCUGUUCGAAGAUCGCAACUCCGCCCUCCUCUCUACGUCCAGCACGUGCAGCAGUUUGCCAGAGGACCACCCACUGGCUGGAACCCCGCCUCGUUCGGCCACUCCCAUCAACUACGAGCACACGAUUCCGUUUUCAUCACCCCUCAACAAAACCUGCCUUCACAUCAGCCUCAGCGAAGACGAGCUUCUGGACGAUGGGAUCUUUCCUACAUCAAGUUCACUCAGUAGCUCACUUAGUUAGUAGUCAGGGCAACCACAAUGAAAUUAGCCCCAGGCUUCAAGACUUCUAUAUAAGCUGUGUGAGAUGAGAAGUUCUGUGAGAACUUCAGUGCUAUUAUGCAUUGUAUUCCAUUUCAAUUGUUAUUGUAGUGAAAACAUGACUCCAUAGUCCCCAGUUUGCUCCUGCUGAAGUCGAGUUUCUCAUACUCUUCCCAUUUCCAUGGAGGUUUUUCCAGGGUUCUCCGGUUUCCUCCUGAGGUGGCUUGGCUAAACGAGUGUACAUGGUGCUCUGUAAUAGACUGUCAUCUCAUUAUGCAUGGCACUCACUUUUCCUGGAAUAGGCUACGGAUUUAUCACGAACUUGGGAAUAAAGUGGUACAGAAGAUGAAUGAAUGUUUAAUGGAAUUCUCUUCCUUUUGGACCUUGAUGCUGAUGGAUUUUUUUGCUGUAAGACAAGACGCUCGCUGGGUCGUAUUCAGAGUUAAAUGAAGCUCACAAUGCACACGUUAUACAUGCUGGGUAAAAUUGACCUAAAACAAACGAAAGCAACAAUGCAAUAUUAUUCAUUAUAUCAUUAUUAACAAUGCUAUUUCUACAUUCAAGUGAUUUGCACAAUAUAAAUCGAAGGCCCAGAAACUGGAUGUAAGCACGUGUGUAACUAAUGUUUAAAUAUGAGGAAAUUUUCUCAUAUAAACCUUUUUUUGACUUAUUUGGAUUUAACUGAUGAACUCUGAAUUUGGCCCAAUUGUCUUCAUUGCGUACAUGCAAAUGUGCUGGAAAAUAAUAUACACUGGAUUGCUAUGUAAAAAUAGAAAAAUAAUGAACUGUUAACGUAGAACAUGGGCUACAUGGGUUACUUUAUACACCCUAAAUACAGAUUAGAAGUAAAAAUGAAAUAUAAAUGAAAUGCAUGGGGGAAAAAAGGUGCAAAUGUUUUGUUGAAUUUUGGAGAAUAAUCUAGAUCAUGUAUGGAAGUCAAAUGCAAAUGCUCAUCAAAUAUAUGUUUAGGCACAUGCAAAAAAACAGAAGAAGGAUCUUAAUUACACUCCAGAAAUUACACUGGGAGUUCAUUGCAUUUCAUUUAGUUCUGUUUAAGGAAUGGAAAAGAUCCAGACUGAGAUGAAGCAAAGCAUAAAUGAACUCCAUGUUCAUAAACCCGCCAGGGUGACAUCAUCAGCUGGAAAGCAGGACAAGAAUCUUACCGCGCCGUUCUUUCUGAUGAUGAGUGGCAUUGAUACACAGUCCGGGAACGCGGGGGAGGGGGAAAUAAAGUGUUGCCUUAGCAGCGAAUUGACUCAGAGGAAGCGAAACCAAGGUAAAUCAAUUUCCUUGCUCUGUGGAUUUCCAUGUCAUAUUAUUGAUACCGAUAACAUCAUGCUGAACUCAAAAAAAUCGUUUUCGGUCUUCUAGAAUUGGUGACAUUGUGGUAGGUUUAAAUUCGCCCCACAGAUGUUUGAGACCCAAAACUGAAAUGUGCAUGAAGACUAUUAGCAGUAUAUGCACCUCAAGCAAUGCUAGCACUGUUCCAGAGUGUGAAGAGACAGAAUUAACCAUGGGAGACAGAGCAAUAAGAAUGAAUGAGAUAGAAGGAAUUAGGAAGAAGGGAAGAUGGCAGGGAUGCUGUUAUGAAUUAUUUUGAGGAAGAAAAAGGUGAAAAAGACAUAAAGGUAGGGAACACGUUUGCAGUGUCACUGUUGGAAGCUACGCCGCAGCAAUAAACGAAUAAAUAGACAAAAUAUAUCUUGAA